GUUUUGGAAGCUCAGAGAGCAUGAUCUUAAGCUGCCCGUAGACGCGCAUCCGUGCAUUGCAUAUAGAUUGGCCGAGGCAGCCUACACCGCAAUUUGCAUCGCUUACAUGGUUGCUGCCCCAUCAUGAGGUUCCUGGCGCCGCUCGUGGGGCUAGCCGCCGCCGCGACGACCAACCCCGUGCUCUUCGUCCACGUCGGCAAGACCUGCGGCGGCUCCGCCGUGGCGUACCUCCGCCGCGCGGUCAACGUCACGGAAGUGCACCUACGACCAGUAAAACGCGAGGAGGUCGAAAGGGCAUCGCACAUUAUCGUGUCGGUGCGCGACCCGACGGAGCGCGUCGUCUCGGCCUUCGAGUGGCACCGGCCGGGCGGCGACCGGACGUACGGCCGGUGCUUCCACCGCAAGCGGGACGUCGAGCGGUACGGUAAUUCUUGCGCCGACGACGAACUUUAUAGAUGCGCGGCCACGGCGGACGCCUUCGCGGACCUCGUGGCGUCGCGAAACGCGACGGACCGGUGCGCCCGGGUGGCCAAGGCGUUCCUGGCGCCGGACGCGGGCGCCAAGCUUUUGGGCGAGCCCUUACACUUUGUGCGGCUCGGCGUGGAAAUCAACCGGUGAGCUGGCUUACACGCCAUCAAGCACAGAAAUUUGAUCUCCACACAGGCGCGCCUCUCGCACAUCCACCGGGGCUUCGCCUUCUACUUGGGAGGAGACACGCUCGACCGGCUCGAGGGCAAACGCGUCUGGGUCGUCGAGGCGUCGGCGUGCGAGCGAGACGCGCGCGCCUUCCUGGCGGGGCUCUCGUUACUUCAGGGGGGCACGUUCCCGACGUCGCACCGCCAGGGCCCCCACGCGCUGUCCUACCGCCGCCGGGCCGCCCUCAUGGACGCGCUGGCCCACGAGUACCGCACGCUCCAAUCCCUGACGAAGCGUGCGGAGAACUACGACCUCGACGCGCGGCGGCGCGCGCCGGCCUGGGCCUUCGCGCAGCGCGUUUUAGUGAGGCGCGUCCGGAAAGAAGAGUGGGAGAACAGCGUCGUGCGCGCGCGCGUCCGGAGCAAGAAGAGUGGUCAUCAUUAAGAACUGUUGUUAGUGCGCGCGUAC